AUGAAUUCGAAGAUUGCUCUUCUCUUGAGCAUCCUCGUUGUAUCAUACUCCGUCUACUGUGAAUAUGUGAGACCUGCCAAAUGCAACCUCUAUGAUGAUUGGGGUACAAAUCCAUGCUCGAAGGAAUCUUCGAUUCGGUUCUACUACGAUCCUUCAAUGGAUAAAUGCCUCGCGUUUCGAUUCAGUGGAUGUGGUGGAAAUGAAAACAGCUUCACGAGAGAAUAUGAUUGUCAUAGAGAGUGCUACGAUCCGGACAGAAUGCAUUGUCCAGGCAACACGACAGCAACAUUGACAACUGCAGGAACAACACAUCCAUGUGGUUCAGGCGAAAAUAAAAAAGGUCUACCGACAUGCGUUAGUACAGCAGAACAACUCACUUUUUGUAAUCCUACAGGUCCCGGAAUAUGUUGUCGUACAGAGGUCAGAUAUUUAUAUACGAACGACUCAUCGCCAUCUGGUCAUGGCUGUCCAGGUGGAGAAGAAAUGGGAAUGAAGUAUCUUCAAGAUGGAAAAGCUCCACUUGCAAAGAAUUGUAGCAGAGAAGAUUUUUGCCCUAAAGGAUACACAUGUACCAAGGGAAAUUACUAUUCCUAUUGUUGCAAAUAA